AUGUCGCUUUACAGCGAGGAGUAUAGCAACCAUCCUCUAGUCGUGUCACUUUCAAUCGGGGGAGUAGAAGGGAUUACGGAAGUUUUGAGAAGGGAUUUUUAUUGUUACCACAAAGAUUAUCCGAAUGCUCAAAAGUUUCCAGACUUUCUAAUAGAUCGCAAUACUCGGAUCACUCCAUUAUAUCAGUUAACGCAGAGGAAGAAUGAACAAGAAGCCUUAGAAAUUGCUAGGUUACUGAUUGAAGAAUUUUUGCUCUGCAAUCCUGGCCAUUUGGACUUGAUAGGCCAAUCCUGCCUAUUCUAUGCAGCACGUGAUGGCUAUGCAAAAUUAUGUCAAUAUUUGUGCAAAAGUGGAGCUGAUGUCAAGCAGGCAGAUAAUUUGGGUCAAACAUGUCUAUUUUACGCAGCAAGGGAAGGUCAUGUUGAGGUACUCAAAGUGCUAAUUGACUUGGGCGCAGAUAUCAACGCCCAAGAUAAUAAUAAACAAACAUGUCUAUUCUAUGCAUGCAGAGAUGGUAGAUUUGAAGCAGUUAAGUUUUUACUGGAUAAAAACAUAAACUAUGCCCACAAGGACACUCAACGUCGCAGUGCUUUGACAUUUGCCAGAUCUAAAAACCAUUCCGCUAUUGUAAAUCUGCUGAAGCAACAUAUGGCAGAGACAACUAAUAUAAAUAUGAGUUCUGGAUCUAUUGAUCAUUCGAAGACUAAUAAGACUACAAUCUCACAAUCGGGAAUCCCCGUAUCUUGGUCUUCCAGUGAUGUUGCCGUUAAAUAUGACGAGAGUACAGUAGAUUCUGAGGGGAAGAAGAGAUAUCGCUUACAGUAUAAACCAUUUGAUAACGAUCCUAAUUUAUGGCUCGAUGCGCCGCUGGUUAAAAUUAUUGAAUUUGAACGCAGAUUUCCACACUUGGCUAAUUGGCCCAAAACGGCUAACUUACCCACAGCUAUUAGAAAUCCAUUUAUCAAACAAUGGUACUCAGCCGCGACACUUAUUAUUCAAAAUUUGAGUAAAUACGAUGGAGGACAUAUAUUUGAAAGGCUUGUUGAUGCUAAGAAACAGAAUUGCCCAGACUAUUACGACGUGAUAAAAUCACCUAUGUCUUUCAGCUGCAUCAAAGCCAAACUGAAGAAGUCACAGUAUGAAUCGCCGCAACAAUUUCUAAAUGACGUACAGCUUGUCUUUGACAAUUGCCACACUUAUAAUAAAACGGGUACCUGGGUUGCAUUAACGGGGAAGGCAAUUGAAAAGUACUUCAAUAACCAAUUGCUGGUGUCUGGAUUCAACGAUUACGUAGUCAAGCACGAGCAGAUUAAGCAACAUUUGGAGAAUGUAAACACCAGCAAUUUGGAAUAUGACACGCAAAUUGUUCAAGCUUGUCAUCCUAAUUGA